AUGAUAUUCAGAAGAUUCCUCAGUUCGUCAACACGCCUGCUCAAUCAGUCAGCCGCGGCGUCGUCGUCGAAACGACUACCUCGAAUCACGCUCUACACCGGUGGUCCCGAAUGUAGCCUCUGCGAGAUCGCCAAGCAAGACCUCCAGAUCAUCCGGUAUACCCACCCAUUCGACCUGGAGACGAUCAACAUUCAUGAACCUCCCGAGUCUCUGGAUCCCGUCAAGGCGGAGAAGAUCAGGGACGACUACAAGUUUGAUAUCCCGAUUCUCCACCUAGACGAUCACUAUAUCCAGAAACACCGCGUGAACAGCACAGUCCUCAAACAGACCCUCGAGGCUUACGAUCCGACCGACCCGUCCCCCAGUUACGCCGAGAACAAGUUCAGACGAGAUCCCAGGCCCGUACCGGGGAUCGGAAAGAAGAGGAAGGGCAAGGGUAAGAGGUUGGAAAAGGCGAGAAAGGAGAUGAGGGAGGCCGAGGAGAAGGAGAAGAGGGAGCGGGAGGAGAGCGAGAAGGAGGGGGUACAAGGGGACGUGGUCGACGUCCACAGGGAAAAGGUGGAUCUCCGGGAUGUAGGACAGGCUGGGGCGGAUGUCAGUGGGAGAGGCUGA